CAACUCCUCGCACGUCCUCCUCCCAAAUGGCGAAAGGAAAAGUGUCCGCUCUUCUCUCACUACUCGGUGUGAUGCUGUUGUGGCCUUUCAUUCUGACUAAAAGUAUCUCCUCCAAACUCCAAACUGCACACAGCGCCUUCGAGUCUGCAGCAGAGUAGUCGCAAAAAUGCUCCCUGGGAUCACUACCGCCCUCUACCACCAGGAGGCGGGAUUACUGCGAGCCUCACACAAGCAGGAACAACAGCGCCCUCAUGCGGUGAUGAAGCGCUCAACACAGAACUGUGACUCCUCUUUUGACAAUUACUGCAUGAACGGUGGCCAGUGCAUGCUGCUGGUGGACAUCCAUGAGCACCACUGCAAGUGUCACAGUGGUUUCUACGGCCCUCGCUGCAGCAACCUGGAGUUGGUACAUAAGCCCAUGGGAGAAAAGCAAAUAGUUUUCACAGUUUUCUGUGUGAUCAUGCUGAUGGUUGGCCUGGUUGGAGCAUUCUACUUGUGCUGCAAGUGGUAUAAGAAAAACAAAUGCAAUCCCCGGCAGAAGCGUCAGGGUUACAAAGGAGUGCAGACCAUGUAGUAAGCGGCGGCCAUGUUGGAAAAUGACAACCUUUUAUCACCAUAUCUUUUUUUUUAAUUAUUUCAACCUGGCACUUUAAUUUUUGGUGUGGUUUAGCUCAUAUUUAUUUAUACUUGUCUGCAUUUUCUAAGCAUGACGGAUUUGAACGACACAGCCGUCUUUGUCAGUGUCAUUCUGCUUAGUUUGAUAGAGGAGUUGGAUAAUUUAUUGUAAAAAAAAAAAAAAAAAAAGACUAUGUAAACAAUGGAAGUUCUGCUGUUGUCAC